CCCAUCAGUAGUUGGGCCCCCAAUUUGCCAAAAUAGAAAACGAGCGAUCAAUUCACCGGAGAACCCUAAAAAUAUUUUUCAUUUUCCAGUAGUUUCCGCAUCCUCAGCGCUCCCAACUUCCCUGAGAAAAUUACACAGGAAAACGAAGGUAAUAAUUCCUUUUUCUUUCCUCUUCCCUUUCCCGGAAAAAUCCACGAAAACGAUUCCAAUAUACUUCGCCGCCGCCUCUGUUGAACAUCCUGCUCCUACCUUUCUUGGCUUGUUUGUUUCUCGGGAUAACUCAAUUUCCGUCGUAGAAGUAAUCAAUUCAAUUCAGCGUCGUCUUCGUUUUCUCUUUUCCGCGAUUUCAAUUUUUUUUUUCUGAUUCUUUCAUUUCUUCAUUCUUCGCGAUAAUUCUAGGGUUUGAUUGAUGGCGGAUACUGAGACUAAUGGUGUCGCUACGAAUGAGGAGGAUCGGGAGGUGGAGAUCUUCUCGAGCCCCGACCACCGUGGCGACGGAGACGGCGAAGCCAAGUUGAAGCAGAAGACUGAAGCGCUGGUUCAGGAGAACGAUGAAUUGAAGGGCCAGGUCUCGCAGUUGAAAUCCGAGAUGGAAUCACUGAAAUGGGAGGGAUCGGAGAUGAUGCAGAGGCUGGAAGAGAUGGAGAGCGAGCUCGAGGAGGCGGAAGAGAACAAGAAGACGCUGGAUUCGAUAGCUUCUCGAGCCGGGGAGCUCGAGAUCGAGGUCUCGAGGCUCCAGCACGAUCUGGUUACGUCGAUGAGCCAAGGUGAUGAUUACGCUACCGAGGUUGCUAAUCUGAAGAAGGUGUUGGGAGACAUGGAGGUGAAGCUGGAGGAGGCAAAGAAACAGAAGGCUGAGAACGAGAAGAGAGUGAGGGAACUGGAGAGGAAAGUUGGGGUUCUUGAAGUGAAGGAAACUGAGGAGAAGAGUAAGAAGAUCAGGUUGGAAGAGGAGACCAGGGAGAGACUUGGUGAGAAGGAGAAGGAGCUGGUGAAGUACAAGAAACGAGUCGAGGAGUUGGAGAAUGAGCUGGCCAAGAAGGCCGAACUGGAAGAGAAGCUUAGGGUUUCAGAGAGCAGGGCUAGGGAAGUCGAAAUGAAGAUGGUGGAGUUGCAGAAAGAGGCUGAAGAUGCCGAGAAAGUGAUUGUAGCGUUGAAACAGAAGGCUGUUGAAACCGUGAAUGGGUUUGAGACAGAAGAUAGAGAGGAUCCAGAUGAGUUUGAGCAGUGGCCAGCUACUGCGGUGGUGAUUGGAUCAACAGGUGCUAUUGUUGUUGCUGCAGCUGCUGUGGCCUAUUUCAUCUACGCAAGGAGACAGUGAUCAUCGAUUUUCUUGGAGGUUAGAUUUGUGUCAUCUCUGGUAACUCAAGCUACUACUGAAAUGGGUAGAAAGAGCUAGCUAUCCAGUUUUGUGCAUGAUUACAGUAGUUUUGCGUUUGCACUGUGAAGGGGUUUUGCUGGUCAGAAUCUUUAGUUGAAAUGUUCAUCUGUCCCAAUUGGGAGAAUCGCAAAGAUUUUCCUAUGUAGCUGGAAGGAUUGAGAUUCUAGAGUUUGUUUUCUGCCCCUGCACGUUAUGUUUGCAAUUCCUGUAUUAGAAGAUAGUUGAUAUUGUGAAGUAUUAUCUUCUGAAUAGUAUCUCAGUGUUCCACUAUUUUUUUUUUUUUUUUUUUUUUGGCUUGUCUGGUGUGGUUGGGAUGAACCGGAUAAAGCAUUCAUUCGAUU